CCGGGAGAGACGAGACCCGCCCACAUUUCUCUCUCCGGGCCAUUCUGAGCCAAACCCGGCCAGAUACGAACAAGCCCAGCCCCUUUUAACUACGCUGCUGCUCGCCUCUGCUACUCCCUGCUCGUCUCUUCCUUAUCCCGACGCCCUUUUCUACCAAGUUUGAGAUGAGUUACCCCGGAUACCCUCCGGCAGGUGGAUACCCCCCUCAGGGCGGCUACCCAGGAGGAGCCUACCCUCCCCAGGCAGGAUACCCCCCUGGCCCCGGGGGUUACCCCCCUGCCCCUGGAGCCUUCCCUCCACAGACCGGUGGAUACCCCGCUCCAGGGGGAGGAUACCCCCCUCAGGCCGGCGGAGGUUACCCCGCAGGAGGCUACCCACAGCAGCCUGGAGCAGGAGGCUACCCACAGCAGCCUGGAGCAGGAGGUUACCCACAGCAGCCUGGAGCAGGAGGUUACCCACAGCAGCCUGGAGCAGGAGGUUACCCACAGCAGCCUGGAGCAGGAGGUUACCCACAGCAGCCUGGAGCAGGAGGGUUCCCCGCCAUGCCCCCUGCAGGUGGAGGAGGAGGAGGAGGCUGGGGAUCUGCUCCAGGUGGUUAUGGGCCGCCAGGUGGCGCUCCUCAGGGUUACCCCACCGGCCCUGCUCCUGGACAGCCGAUGCCGAAUUACCCAGCAGGCCCUGGUCCCUCCAACCCGGGCUACGGAGGAGGACAACAACCACAUGUUCCUGCUAUCCCUAAAGGAUACAGAGGUUCAAUGAAAGAUUUCCCUGGAGCAGAUCCACUGAAAGAUGUUGAGGUGCUCCGGAAAGCUAUGAAGGGCUUUGGCACUGAUGAAAACGCCAUUAUCGAACUUCUUGGAAACCGCACCAUCAAACAGCGAGUUCCUCUUGUGGCAGCUUAUAAAACCACUUAUGGGAAGGAUUUACUUCGUGACUUGAAAUCUGAACUGACCGGUAACUUUGAAAACCUGGUGCUGGCCAUGCUCAUGACUCCAGCUCAGUUUGACGCAGCUGAACUCCGAGAAGCCAUCAAGGGGGCUGGGACUGACGAGGCCUGUCUCAUUGAAAUCCUGUCUUCUCGCUCCAACGCUGAAAUUCGGGAAAUCAGCAAGAUCUACAAAUCAGAGUAUGGAAAGCCGCUGGAGGACGCCAUCAGCAGCGACACGUCUGGACACUUCCGCAGACUCCUGGUUUCUCUGUGUCAGGGCAACCGUGAUGAGAGAGAGACCGUGGACGUCUCCUUGGCCAAACAGGACGCCCAGAAACUGUACGCUGCAGGAGAAAACAAAGUUGGCACAGAUGAAUCACAGUUCAACGCCAUUCUGUGCGCGCGCAGCAAACCACACCUCCGAGCAGUUUUCCACGAGUACCAGCAGAUGUGUGGCAGAGACAUCGAGAAGAGCAUCUGCAGAGAGAUGUCCGGGAACGUCGAGUCUGGGAUGGUGGCUGUGGUCAAAUGCAUCAAGAACACCCCGGCCUAUUUCGCAGAGCGGCUGCACAAGGCCAUGGCGGGAGCUGGGACUAAGGACAGGACCCUGAUCCGAAUCAUGGUGUCCCGCGCCGAGGUGGACAUGUUGGACAUCAGGCAGGAAUAUCUGAAGGCCUACGGGAAGUCUCUGUACACCCACAUCUCUGGGGACACAUCUGGAGACUACAAGAAGCUGCUGCUGAAACUCUGUGGAGGAAGUGACUAAAGCUCAAACCCGGCCUCUCACUUCUCAACAUUAUAAAGCAAAAUUACCCGUAUAUCUUUAUGCAUGCAGUUCAUUUUGUAUUGUGUCAAAAAUAGAUCGAUGCCAAAUAGUGAAUAUAUUUUAUACUUUUAGAGUUAUAAAUGGCUUUAGAAAUGAGCUUUCUUCUCUGUAGACGGAAGAAAUUACUAACAGUUUAUAAAUAAAUUCGUUUUAAAUCCUAAAAAACGUACAAAUAUAAAGUUGACAAUCCAGGCAAUCAAAAAAAAUACUUGGAAAAUCCUUUUUUUUUUUUUUUUUUUUUACUAAACUGGAAUUAAUGUAUGAAUUAAGCUUUAACUCCCCCGGCUGUAGCUAACCUCAUGGCCUCUUUGUUCCAUUAAAGCUGCACUGUGUAACUUUUCUAAUGAAGGCAACGCCACACGGAGACAUUGAUCUUCCCUGGAAUGUUCCACUGUAGGGCUUUAAACUGUUAUCCGGUUAAUCACAGGUGUUUUUAAAGCUCUGAAACGCUUCGAAAAACACACGUUCUUACUGUGAGCGGGCUCGCCUCUCCGCAGAUCUGACCUGUAACUUCAUCUGUUCGUCUCCGUGGAGAUGUUGUUGCCAUGUGCCUGGAAUAUUCCGCAGUGUAGCGUUAAACGUAUCCGACUCCAGACAAGCAGGUGGCGUAACUUCCUCUAGAAAAGUUGCGUCGUGCUUUAACUUUUACGAUAAUUUACAAUUUUCUCUAAACCAAAAUCGGUCAAAAGUGGUCUUAAUAUUUCAAAUUUUAGGCAGCAACUUUACUUUUUACAAUCUAUUUUACAAUCUGCAGUAAAUAAACCGUUACAUUGGCUUUUGUUUGUCACCCACACACAUGAAGAAACAUCAUAUCUGUUUUGUUUUACUCAAGUUUUUUGAAUGUAAUUUUGACAUUUUAGCACUGAUAAUCAAAAAAAAAAACACCUUUAUUGUGUUAACGUGCUCACUGAGUUUGCCUUAUUUUAGGGUCUAGAUUUAAAAUAAACCGUUAGAGUCCAAGUAUCAUUCGUUCAUUUGUUUUUCAAAGUAAAACCAAAAAUAAAACGGAAAAAACUAAUAUUUUCUUUAUUAUUUGUCUCCAAAACCAAAAUGAAAAACGGAUAAUGAUUUGUUUUUUUUUUGGUUUUCGAUUUUGUGUUUAGAUGAAUAAUGUUUCCGUGACUUAAACUGCUGUGCCGGACUGGACCAGGACUGGACCAGGUCUAGACCAGGACUGGACCAGGACAGAGACCGGUUUAGUUCUGGUUUAGUUCUGGUUUAGUCCCGGUUUAGUCCCGGUUUAGUCCCGGUUUCGUCUCGGUUUCGUCUUGUUUCAGUCCUUGUCCAGUCCUGGUUUUAUCGUUUUCUUAUUUUUGGUUUUAUAUUUAAAAAAAAAAACGAAUGAAAGAAUGAUACACGGAUUCACUAUUUCUUAAAGCUUCAUUGUGUAACUUUUCUGGUGGAGGGUCCUUCAAAUGCUUUUCUCCUUGAAGAUGUUAUUGCUUUGUCUGGAAUGUUUCACAGUACGGCAUUAAACCUUAUUUCCAAAAAAAGUUACAGGUCAGAUCUGUGGAGAGGCGACCCCGCUCAUAAUCAGAACGUUUUUGACAAUGUUUUUCCAGAUAUUUUUGAGCCAUAAAAACCACCUGUAAUUGAAUAAACGUAAGGUAGAGCUGUUUAAAGUCACACUGUGGGACAUUCCAGGCACUUUCAGCAAUGACGUCUCCAUAGAAACGAGCAGGCGAUGAACCCCCAACCAAAAAGUACCUAAAAAAAAAUAAAAUAAAAUUCUAAAAUAAAAAGCAAAUAAGAAAAUCGGUGAAUGAACUUUUCAAAUUGGCAAAAUAAUAAUAAUAAAAAAGAAAAGAGUGUUAAUAUAACCUGCUUUAUUAACUAUGCAAAUAUUCUGUCAAUGUUUACUGUAAUGUCCCGUCUACUUAUAAACAUUGUGGCUACUCUCUUCUUCUAUUCUCUUUCUCUCCUGCCUUUUCAUCUCUUUUUCUAUCUCCACUCUCUUCUUCUCUCAGUCCCUCCUCUUUCUUUUCACUUUCUCUUCUCCGUCUCGUCUGCUUUUAAAACAAAAAUACUGUGGCCUUUUAUUGUUGCGAACGCCGCAAAUCCAAAGCUGCAAUGUUGCCCGUGCUGUGCCUUUUAUGAAAUUGUAUAAAAAUAAAAUCAAAUGAAUAGUGAUUUAUUUAAAGCCAAACAUAAAAGUAUCUCUACAUUUUAUUAAAGGUCUUGUAUUACGCAAAAAAA